CAUCCCUCCGAUUGGCAACGGUAAGUGGUUGGUGAAUUGGGGGAAAGAAAAAAAGAAAGGAAAAAAUCGGAACAAAUUUGUAAUGGGGAAACCCGAUGCACAAAAAAGCCCUCCUCCACUUUCGUCUUAGGAAAGUUUAACUAGACAAACAGGAUCUUCCCCCCCUUCACUCACCUUCUUAAAGGACGGGCACAUCAACUCGCCAUCACUCGGGGUACUACUUUGCAACGACUAUCAUAAAGGGCUUGAGGGAGAGGGAGAGGGAGCGAGUUGAAGCGGAAUAAUAAUUGCCACAACAAUGGCUGCUACCCGUCGAGCACCAUUGGUACUUUUCCGCCGGAUUAAUUCCCCGGCAUUUCUAUCCAACAGUAGCAGGUACUCGUCGCUGCGCCUCCCCCUGCAGAGACCCACACCGACAACAACAACAUUCAAAACCAGCAAAAGCCACCAAUACCUCCGCCCCUUCUCCUCCACCUCACGACUCCAGAACGAAUCCCUCCUGCAUGCAGAGCGGGAAUCUGACCAAGUCGACGUGGUGAUAGUCGGAGGCGGCCCCGCCGGCCUCUCCGCCGCAAUCCGGCUGAAGCAGCUGGCGAAUGCCUCCAACAAUGCCGACUUCCGCGUCCUGCUACUGGAGAAGGCCGGCGAUAUGGGAGCGCACAUCCUCUCCGGCGCUGUGGUCGAGCCGUCAGCACUCAACGAGCUCCUGCCGGACUGGAAUUCCCCGGACAAUCCCGCCAGGUUUGAGGGUGUCACCGCCGUCACGAGUGACCGGAUGAGGUUCCUGACGAAGAAGCGGGCCAUACCAAUACCCGGACCGCCACAGAUGAAGAAUCAUGGGAAUUUCAUCGUGUCGUUGAACGAGAUGGUCAAGUGGCUGGCUGAGCGUGCGGAGGAGGUUGGCGUGGAAGUUUAUCCGGGAUUCGCCGCGUCGGAGGUGUUGUAUGGGCCUGACGGUGGGGUCAUGGGCGUUGCGACGAAUGAUCUAGGUGUUGGGAGGGAUGGGAAGCCGAAGGCUUCGUUCGAGCGUGGAAUGGAGUUUCAUGCUAGGUGCACGUUGUUUGCGGAGGGGUGCCAUGGAAGCUUGACGAAAAACGUCAUCAAGAAAUUCGAUCUGCGUCGGGACUCGCAGCCACAGACCUACGGGCUUGGAUUAAAAGAGGUUUGGGAAAUCAAGCCGGAGAACUUCGUCAAAGGCCAGGUCAGCCAUACCAUCGGAUGGCCGCUGCCAAAUAAUACAUAUGGUGGCUCCUGGAUGUACCAUUUUGGCGAGAAUAAAGUUAGUCUAGGGUUGGUUGUUGGUCUCGACUAUCCGAACCCUUACCUCUCCCCCUACUCCGAAUUCCAACGCAUGAAGCACCACCCCUUCUUCUCCUCCGUCCUCGCCGAUGGCAAAUGCAUUUCGUACGGCGCCCGGGCACUAAACGAAGGCGGCUUCCAAUCCAUCCCGAAAGUAUCCUUCCCGGGUGGAGCAUUGAUCGGGGAUACCGCGGGCUUCCUCAACGUGCCAAAGAUCAAAGGAACCCACACAUCCAUGAAGUCUGGAAUGCUGGCCGCGGACGCAACCUACACCGCACUGACGGAGAAAACCUCUGGCACGGUGAUGCUAUACGCAUACGAAGACGCCCUACGCACGAGCACGAUCUGGAAAGAACUAAAGCAAGUCCGAAACAUGCGCCCGAGCUUCCACAACCCGUUGGGCCUCAUAGGCGGAGUCCUAUAUUCCGGCCUCGAAGCCUACAUACUGAAGGGUCACGUCCCAUGGACACUCAAACACCCCACCCCCGACCACGCCGCUACCCUACCCGCCUCUCACCCCUCCGUGCGGAAAAUUUCGUAUCCAAAGCCCGACGGCGUCCUCUCGUUCGAUAUCCUGACCAGCGUCUCUCGCACCGGCACCAAUCAUGAAGAGGACCAACCCGUGCACCUCCGCGUCAAGGAUUGGCAAGCCCACGCGCGUAGGGAGUUUCCGAGGUUUGAUGGAUUGGAAAGUAGGUUCUGUCCUGCCGGCGUUUACGAGUAUGUUGAGGAGGAUGGGGGUGGGUUGGGUGUCAGGUUUCAGAUUAAUGCGCAGAAUUGCAUUCAUUGCAAGACUUGUGAUAUUAAGGCGCCCAGUCAGGAUAUUGAGUGGUCGACGCCGCAGGGGGGAGAGGGGCCAAAGUAUUAUUUGACAUAGUAGGGUGAGGUGGCGAUGGGUGAUGGUGUUUUCUCUCUCUCCUUUUCACCUACUACACGCGCAGGGAGGAGGAUUGUAAUAUAAUUUAAGCUUUGGCCGGCGUGAACACAUAUCAUACCAUACCAUAUGAUCUAUG